CGCUCUAGCGAGCGUCGCGUCCCCGCCGCCGCCAACGACGCCGUCAGCGCGUAGAGCGCGCACCGGCCGGCGAGCCUUGGCGAACGGCGGCAGUGUUGUCAGAGCAGUGCGUCGACGGAACCAGUGCGCGAUUCCGAGCUGGACUCCACGCGGGCGUCGCUGGCGGUCGCGCAGUGAUUUGAGCCCUUCGCGUCGCGGUCCGCCAUGUAGCGGCAGAGUGCCGCCGUGUCAGCGCCAUGGAACACACGGAACGCGCUGAUUGACGUGGGAAACCUGCUGUGUUUGGCGGACGCGGGCGGAACGAGCACCAAGACCAAGGUCGGUUGGAAUCUGGAACGGAAUCAGAAAACACACACGCCCAGUGAAGCCCCUCAUUCGGGUCGUCAAGUCGAGUGGGAUUAAAGGCGGCGUUCAAGGCGACGCGCCAUCAACCGCCCAAACAACAACAUCAACAAAAGGGGUCUCCGCGCGAUGAGUCCCGAGGAGGGCGCCAUGGACCCGCCGGCGGUGGAGCUGGGCGUCUCCAACCCGGCCUUCUCCGCCACCCAGGACGAGCUGCAGGAGGACGUGAGCCGGACUCGCGCGAAGCAGGAUGCCAUGGUGCCGGAGAAGAACCAGAACGGCCACGGCGUGGUGGGUACCGCCGCGGUGGCCAAGCCUGCCAAACGCGACGACCCGGACGGCGAUGACCUGGCCUGCGGCUGGGGCUGCCUCCGGCCAAGGUGGAUGCAGCAGUUCCGGACGUCCAAGUGGAUCCUCUUCUGGCUGUGCUGGGCCGGCGGAGUGCAAGGCAUGGUGGUGAACGGGUUCGUGAACGUGGUCAUCACGACCAUUGAGCGGCGCUUCGGCCUGCGCUCCUCGCAGUCCGGGCUGGUGGCGGGGGGCUACGACAUCGCGUCCUUCUUGUGCUUGGUGCCCGUCACGUACCUGGGUGGGCGGGCCGGCGCCUCCAAGCCGCGCUGGAUCGCCUGGGGCAUCGUCCUCAUGGGCUGCGGCUCGCUGCUCUUCGCCUCGCCGCACUUCCUGGCGGGGCCCUACCGCGGCGCCGUGCACCGCCAGGACACGUGCAGGACCGCCAACUCCACCCUGCCCACCGACGCGACCGCGGAGUGCGACGUGGCGCACGCGCAGAGCGACACCGCCCUCUACAUGUGGCUGUUCCUGCUGGGGCAGCUGCUGCACGGCGCGGGCGCGGCGCCGCUCUUCACCCUGGGCGUCACCUUCAUCGACGAGAACGUGUCCAAGAAGAUGUCCUCCGUGUACCUGGGCAUCUUCUACACCAUGGCGGUCGUGGGACCGGCUAUGGGGUACGUCCUGGGCGGCCAGCUCCUGAGAGUCUACACCGACUUCCUCGUCGUCGACCCCGCAGACAUCGGGCUGACGCUGCUGAGCAACGUGUGGGUGGGGGCGUGGUGGAUCGGCUUCAUCGUGUCGGCCUUGCUGUGCUUCCUGCUGGCCAUCCCGCUGCUGGCGUUCCCCUUCGAGAUGCCCGGCGCGGCGGAGCUCCGCGCCGAACGCGUGUCCGAGGCGCACGGCGUGAGCAGCUCGUCCACGACGGAGGCCUUCAGCAAGCUGCGCGAGCUGCCACAGGCCUUCCGCGCCCUCAUCGCCAACCCCGCCUUCUUCUUCCUCAACCUGGCCGGCGCCUCGGAGGGCCUGCUGCUGUCGGGGUUCGCCGCCUUCCUGCCCAAGCUCAUCGAGAACCAGUUCAGCGUGGCGGCCAGCCGCGCCGCCCUCCUCAUGGGGCUCGUGACCGUCCCGGCCGGCGGCGGGGGCACCUUCCUCGGCGGCUACCUGGUGAAGCGCUUCUCCCUCAACUGCGCCGCCAUCAUCAAGCUGUGCAUCCUGGCCUCGGGGCUGGGCGUCCUCUGCGCGAUCUCCUUCGUCAUCUCGUGCCCCAACGUGGCCUUCGCCGGCGUGACCCGCGGCUACGGCGACAACGCCACCAGCCUGUCGACGCCGAAGCUGGAGAGCGCGUGCAACGCGGGGUGCCAGUGCGACGGCGCGGCCUACAACCCGGUGUGCGGCGCGGACAACGUGCUCUACUACUCGCCCUGCCACGCCGGCUGCUCCAAGGAGGUCAUGCUGGACGCGGCCAGGGUGUACUCGGACUGCUCGUGCGUCAACGCGUACAACGCCGCGCCGCUGGAGUCGCCGGUGGAGCGUCGCCGGCGACGCCGCCGGUACACGACCCCCGGCGACGACCCCGAGGAGGACGGCGAAGCGGGCGCCUUCCAGGACCGCAGCAUCGGCGGCGGCAGCAGCGAGGGCGUGGAGUACGACGCCAUCAACGAGCCCUGCACCUCCAGCUGCGACCUGCUGUGGGUCUUCAUCGCGCUGGCCUUCGUCACCAUGCUCUUCACCUUCCUCAUCACCAUGCCCGCCCUCACCGCCACGCUGCGGGUCGUCCAAGACGAGCAGCGGUCCUUCGCGCUCGGCAUCCAGUGGAUCAAGGUGCGCCUGCUCGGCACCAUCCCCGCCCCCAUGAUCUUCGGCCUGCUCAUCGACGAGACGUGCGCGCUGUGGCGGCACGACCCGUGCGACGGCGGCGGCAGCUGCAUCGCCUACGACAACCUCUCCAUGAGCAGGUACAUGCUGGCCCUCGCCGUGGUCGUCAAGCUGUGCUCGCUGCUGUUCUUCACGCUGGCCUGGCGGCUGUACAAGCCCCCCAGCGGCCUGCACGCCAGCUCCCAGGAGAAGCUGGAGGAGGGCAUCCCGGUGGACAGCCUCGCCGGCACGGCCGCGGUCACGGUCACGGGGGUCACGGACGUGCGCGGCGACGUGGAGGCCGCGUAGCUGAAGCCGCCCCGGCACUCUGGAUUUUUGCUGUGAUAGCCGCCGAGUCUCGCCCGCGAGGCCGCUGCGGCUUAUUUUAAGACGUGAUACUUGUACGUAAUCAGAAAGCUAAGAAAAUUUCUGUAAAAUUUGUUUUAACGCACGAUUUUCAGAUUUUAUGGACCUCUAACUUGAAAAGCUGUGCUAUUCUUUGACGUUCGCCAAAACAGAUGAAAUUGUAAAACUUCGAAAGUGAUCGAUUUUUCACUCUAGGCGACGCUUGUGAUACACUAUGCGGGACCAUAAAAAAUAAUUGUUUGCCUUGGACCCUGUCUGCCCCGUCUUGCAGCAGCGAGGGGCGAAGCACCGUGUUCAAGUCUAGUCUGUGAUGGCGCACCGAAGUAAAAGUCUGCCGAAAUCCUCAACUAAACAGUACUAAUUCCACUUCAAUAAUUUUCCUCAGUAUUAUCAACAGUGCCAGGUCUGAUGAUGUGAUAUUAGAUCAUACGCUUUCGUAAGCAAGUUACCUGUAGCUUGUCACCUCUUUCAAGCGGAUGGUUGUGAAAAAUGUUUGUUAAAAUUCACCCAAGAUGUAAUAUGUUUUGGUAUUUUUCUGUUUUGUGUUGUUCCUUGUCUCUGUUGGCAAAAAAUUGUAGCCGAUUCAUUAUAUUUUGAUGCAGUAUUAUUAAUCUGUGCUCAAAAUAGUAAUUACUAUUAAAACUGUGUGUUGGCUGUGUUAUUAUGAAAUAAAUUAAUAUUAUUUUAAGAAUCUAAA